GGAGGGGGGGGGCUGAAAAAAAAAUUACAACUCAGUUGAGGCAAAAACUAUUCAGUAUACAAGAGAGAUUUUUUGUUUUAUAUUUCGCAAAAAAAGACAUACUAGUCUACUAUGUUUUAUUUUGUUUCAAUUUUACGAGCAAGCAAAAAUGUUACAAUCACUCGCUAUACCCUCACAAAUAAUGGAUUGGUCGAAAUAGCAUUCGGUCAAGAUGGCUGCGCCCAUGAAGCAUUCAGACAUGAGCGUUCCAAAUGAAAAUAACCAUGAAAAUGACAAGUUUCGAGUUCAGUUCAAACGUUAUAAGAGACGAAAACCUCCCCCUGAUCUCAGUGAGGUGAUAGAUUUUUGGGAUUCGGUGUUGGUAUCUCAGAAUCAUCCCAAAGUGACAUGCCAACUAUGUGCGAUGACAUCAGCUACAAAGUUGGGGCUGAAGCCAGUUGACCAGUGGAGGUGCUUCACACUCCAAGGUGCUCCAGGGUUUGUCUACAUUGAAAAUCCAUUCCGUCCUGGCUACCAACAUUACUGGAUCAAACGAUGUCUUCAAGACUACCCCAACAAGCCCAACGUUUGCAAUCUGGACAGUCACCAUUCUAUCCGCGGCGGUCUGUCACUGUGGGAUGACGACAGUGACGCCCAAUCAAAGAAGAAGAGUCUCAUGGAUCAACUGCGAUGGGUGACUCUUGGCUAUCACUAUGACUGGACAGCCAAGCUGUACCAUCCACACAACCGGACACCCUUCCCCGGGGACCUAGCGGACCUCUCAGCCUUUGUGGCUAGUGUUAUGGGGUUCCCAGCCUUCCGCUCCCAGGCAGGCAUCGUGAGCUACUACCACAGCAACUCUACACUGGGAGGGCAUACAGACCAUUCUGAGUUUGAUUUCACUGCACCCAUCAUAUCUUACAGUUUUGGUCAUUCGGCCAUCUUUCUGCUCGGUGGAAAGACGAAAGAGACCUCCCCAUUGGCUAUGUAUCUGCACAGUGGUGACAUCAUAUUCAUGGGCGGCCAAUCCCGCCUGGCCUACCAUGCAGUCCCCAGGAUUCUCAUUCCGGAAGGCUCAAUGAAGCUUCCAUCAUGCCUGGACCGGGUGGAAGACUCAGAACCUCUUGGAAGCAGCUGCAAGAGUGCCUCUGAACCAACAGGUUGCUGUGAUAUCCCAAGACCCAGUCAAGACACUACAGAUUCCCUAUCCUUGUCAGGCAAUAAGAAUCACACAUCGGCUCCGGUGCCUCCUUUCAGCAGCUGUGACACUGAAAUUUCAAAAGAGGACAGCAACAUGCACGAAAGAACUGAGACUUCCAAAGCCUACGAUUCCAGCUUCAGAUUUGAUACAGGGGAUGACGCCUUGGAUGCAUUUGAAAGCAGUCUCAAGUCUGGUGAAGGCACCUGUGGGAAGCACAGUCCUAGAUGUGCUGCCCAAGGCCUUGUAGACUCAGACUACACUGUCAUUCAUGAGACCAUGCGAUCAUUACAGGACCCUCAAGCCUGGGAGCGGUUUGCCAAGUUCAUGUCCAACACCCGCAUUAACAUCAGUGUGCGACAGGUGACAGGUCCGGGCCGUGAUUUCCCAUCAGAAACUGUGAAUAUAUGCCAUGAACCAUCCAUCUGUACUCACUCAGAUCUCUCAGGAUCUAAAAGGAAAGCGGAGCAAUUAGACCAAGGCUAAAUUAUGAGAUGUCCUUUUACCUCAGCAGAAAUAAUAUUUCAAAGUCAACGUUACUGUUAAUUUAUGAAAGCUCUGAAAUACUUUUUAAAUUGUGAGAAUGUACAAUUGUAUGCAGUUAAGUUAUGCUGCAUCUAAAGGAAUUAUAUAAUAAAUAUAAUGAUGAGAAAACAGCGCUCAGUUUACUUCCAGUGUUGCCUUGAAUGAAACUAAGGGAAUACAAUAUGCAUGACUUCCAUUCACAAUAUAAUGAUGACCUCAGUGCAAUACAAAUGUACACUAAAAUCUUUAAAAAAAAAAAAAUUAAAAAUAAACUUAAUACUACAUCAUCUUAGACCAGAUGUGUGGAUAAAGCUGGAAUAAAACUUUUACCCAAACUGAGCUACAUUAAAAAGUAAAUAAUAUAAUCUCUUUGAAAAUCAUAUUAUAAGUAGGUCAUUUGAUUUCUUUUAUCAAAUGGCUCUUAAACCCACAAAGACAUCCCUCUUUUCCUACUCAAAUGUGGUGGUAUGGUCUUGCUCAGUGAAGUUGCUUUCAUGCCAUUUUCAAGUUUCAUCUGAAUGAGACACCGAACAAAAACUCUGCCAGCAUUUAGUUUGGGAAUAUACUACAAAUAUUGAACUGAUUAUUUUUGUGCAGAUAGCUGCAGACUCCUACAUAAUAAUUUUAAAACAUUGUGUGUUUUUGUUAAAAUAAAAUGUACAAAUUGAAAGUUAGUAAGACAAACAAACACAUUUGGGGAGAGCGAUUUUAAAGUUUAGGCCAAGUUUUACCUCUACAAUGUAUUAAGCAGACAUAACUCAUUAAAUAUAUAUCUGUAACUAUUUACCACAACCCAUAUUGGAAAUAAUAAAAUCAGCUGUAUAUUUUAUGAAACA